GUAUGUUUUAUAGGCAGAAGCAAUGUUGGAAAAUCCUCCCUACUAAAGGCUUUAUUUUCACUGGCCCUGAUGUUGAAGUCAGAGUCUCCAAAAACCGGGGCACACAAAGAAAAAUGAAAUUUUUUCAAAGUUGGAAAAUAUUUUACAUUGGUGGACACCUGAAGAUUUGUUGACAUGGUAGAGACCUAUCUAAAAGAACGAAGGAAUUUGAAGAGAACAUUUUUACUAGUGGAUAGUGUUGUUGGAAUUACAAAAACAGACAAUAUUGCCAUAGAAAUGUGUGAAGAAUUUGGAUUACCUUAUGUGAUGGUAUUAACAAAAAUUGAUAAAUCUUCCAAGGGACAUCUUUUAAAACAAGUGCUUCAGAUCCAGAAAUUUGUUAAUACACAAACUCAAGGAUGUUUUCCUCAGUUGUUUCCUGUAAGUGUUGUCACCUACUCUGGAAUCCAUCUUUUGAAAUGCUUUAUAGCAAAUAUAACAGGAAGUCUUAAAUGAUGGCUCCCAAUAUAGAUGAAGUUUCAAAAUUCCUUCUGUCAAAUGGAGUUAAAACACUUAGAAGAAUCUCAGUAUUGUUUUAAGUGUUGCUUAUCUGUAACUUGCAGAAGAAUCACUUAAGCUUUAAAACCUGUAUCUUCCCAAAGAAAGAAUGAAAUUGUGCCUGGGGGAAAAAGAUUGAUAAAUAAUUAAGUUAUGCUGUUCACUGGGACAGAUACUCGCUGGUUUUCCUGUUUCAACAAAUGAAUAGGCGAAGAGCAUUAGAAAUCUAUAAAACAAAACCCUGUUACUAUUAUGUAGAGAAAGGUUGACCAAUGUUAUUUAUGCUGCUUUUACCUUUUAAAAGAGAAUGUCUAUCAUGUAUAUAUAUAUUUUUAAGACUAAAAUAGACUUAAGUUAAAGGAACUGCUUUUCUGUUAAGCAUUGAUAGGUAAAUUAAAGGGUAAAUGCUUACAUGUAUGCCUGUAAUCUUUUUUUCAAGUCAUUAUUUUAAUAUUAAUUAUACUUGAUAAAAUUUAUCAAGACCGUCUUGGAAAGAAAUAACAAUCAUUUCAGGCUGGAAUCAUUAAUUUUUAGGUGAACACAGGAUUCACAAUGAGAAAACCAGAAUUCAAGCUCCACUUCUAACAUCUGUUAUAAGUUGAUCUUAAACAAUUUUCUUGCUUUCUCUUAAACUCAUAUGUAACUGUCACCACACAAGCAAGAGGUAAUACAUAUGAAGACAGCUGCGUAUUUAUAAAUCCAAACCAACAAAAGAAUACAGCAAAAUUCAUAGGUAUUUACCAUAGAAACCAUUCUGUCAUGGAGGAAGUAACAAAACCACAUUUAAGUGAGAAAAUUAGUUUGAAAGGGCAAGAGAAAAAAAGUUUGUGGGACAGUUUAGGAUUGCUACAGUAAAGAUCAGGAUGAAAAGAUAAAGCCUUACUUUGAACUAAAAGCGAUUUUUAUAAACAUGACACCAUCCUAUUCAUGUCUCACUUUUUUCAAAGUGAGACUAACUUUUAAAAGAUUACAACUAUGGUACUAGAUUUAAAAUUAUAUAACUUUGUAGUUUCAGAUAAUUCGUUUUGAAAUGUAUUUGCAGUUGUUUUAUGGUUAAUGGAAUUGGUCUGUUUUAUUCUUACCAGAAGUGUUUUAAGCCAAGAAAGAUUUAAUGCAGGCAUUCACAAAGUAAAAUAUGUCAUGAAAGAAUUGUCUUAGAAGUUAUCUGCCUGCCAGUGUUACUUUACUCCUUAUCUGAGCCUGGGUUCUCCUAAAAGCAGAGCCUAAUACAAAGCUCGAUAGGUUUUUUAAAACUUGUUUUUAUUAUUGUUGUGCUGGAUGGGGGGUACAUUAUAGCACUUGCAAAGGUUCUUACAGUGUAUCAAGUAUUUGGAAAG